AACAGCGCGAUAAAACAUUUAUCAAACUUUGAACGCGUCUUCGUUUCCUUAAUCGGGUUCAGGUAUUUAGUAUCGAAAGUACCUAGAAACUUCCCUUCACAUAUUCUCCUUCUAUAAAACUCCUACUCCUCUCUCUCUCUCUCUCUCUCUCUCUACAUUACAAACUCGCUUUCAAUUCCAACAAACGGUUUCACCAUUAACAUGAGCUACUACGAUCAUCAGCAACAGCCUCCAGUGGGUGUUCCUCCCCCACAAGGGUAUCCUCAAAAAGACGCUUAUCCUCCACCAGGUUACCCUUCACAAGGAUAUCCUCCACAGGGGUACCCUCCUCAACAAGGCUAUGGCUAUCCUCCACCACAACAGUAUGCUCAACAGCCUCCUCAAAGACAAGAAGUUGGUUUUCUUGAAGGAUGUUUGGCUGCACUGUGCUGCUGUUGUAUGCUAGAUGCUUGCUUUUAGUUCUGAAUGAGAGAACCUCUUGUUGGCUCAUUGUUGUAAUUCCAGGAAACACAAUGUUAGGAAUAUUUCUUUAGAUUAUUAUUUUUAUAGUAUUGUCUAAUUUGAGGAUCUAUAAAUCCUCUAGGAGUCUCAAUGAAUGUGUAUCUUAACCUAUGCACCACGUGUCUUUUAGUCAACCAUGUUCCCUCAAAACGCUAUUACUAUUUUCUUGAAGGAUCUUCUUCAAGUUUUGUCAUUAAACUAAAAAAAAAGGUACAAGGCAAAUACAUUUCAUCA